AUGGUUCGAAUGACCGGCCUCGGCGGCGGCGGCGGCGGCGGGGGCGGAGGCGGCGGUUACGGCGGGUUCUCCACGCCGGGUUCCCCCGACAAUCUGCUCUUCCCCCCGCACGGCGCAUUGCCCCUCUCCGCGGGGACUUCCCCCGAUCACCCGCACUUUGGCGGCGCGGCGGCGGGUGGCGGAAUCGGGCGGAGCCACUUGGCGGGCGGGGUGGUCGUGCGCAGUCACUCACUGCUGCGGACAUCCAACAACGGCGCCGGUCCCACGCGUUCAGAGAGUAAGGACGAUCUCACGCUGCUGAUGGACGCGCGCGCGCGCAACAAGCUCGGCUCGCAGGGCGACUGGUCGCAGCCCGGAUCGCGCAGCCCCGACAGCCUCGCCUUCUCCGCCAGCGGCCGCAGCAACGGCAGCGGCUCGCUGCAAGCCUUGAUGGAUUUCCGUCCCUACAACGGCGCUGCUUCCGCUGCUGGUGCUGGCGGAAAUGCGGCUGGUGUUAAUGGUGCUGGUGGUGGUGGUAUGCAGAGGUUGGGAGGAGGGAAGGGCGCGUUCAGUGGUGCUCUGAGCAUGGACUUGGAGUCAGAGCUGGCGGGCGUCUCACUGACUGAGUCCGACUGUGUGCCUGUGGGGGAGGUUCUGCACUCCAGCUGCGCGGGCAACACGGCUGUAGCAGCAGCAAGAGCAGGAGGAGGAGAGGGCAUGGGAGAGGGAGAAGAUGAAGAGGAGCUGUCGCUGGUGCCAUGCCUCAACUGGGAAGCGGUGGAGGCGCUGUGUCUGGACAUGGAGCUGGACCGGCGCCACAUAGAGGCCAUCCAUAUCCUGCACACCGGCCCCCCUGCUCCUGCCUCGCAUGCCUCGCAGGCAGGUGCAGGGGCAGGGGCAGGAGGAGUGGCAGGGGCCGGAACAGGGCCAGCGGGAGGGGCUGUGCCUUGGUGCCCUGGCGUGGACCCCCCUGUUGUGUAUGCGCUGCAGUUUGCAGGGGCAGAUGAGUGGUAUUGGCCGGGCUGUGGGGGGCUGCUUGGAGGGUCUGCCGCUGCCACGGUGGCCUGA